AAUGAACCAAAAUUUCAAUUCCUAACCUAAAAAAAAUUGCAUUGUCAUUAUCCAUGACAUUUUGAAUUUAUUGUUUGAAUCCCCUUGUAAAUUGAAUUUGAAGAAUCAUUUCUAUUUUUCUUAAAACUAGAAUCAGAAAAAUGUUUAGUGCACCACCGUUCUGGCAAAACGGCCCCGCUCCGGGCAGUUUUUACGAUUUCCCUAACAUGCAGCCCCAAGUACAACCCAACGAUUUCAGGCAACACACUCAAUCUCCAGUGACAACAUCUACUUCUCUAGUAGCUGUCACUUACGAUAAAGGCAUCAUUAUCGCUGGUGAUCUUUUAGCUUCAUACGGUUCACUAGCCAGAUACAGAAAUUGCCCAAGAAUCGUUAAAGUGAACAACAACAUAAUUUUGGGCUCCAGUGGCGAUUAUGCCGAUUUCCAAUACGUUCAAAAUUUUAUUGAACAAAAAGUGAUAAGUGAUGAAUGUUUGGAUGACGGUAUCACCCUCAAACCGAAAUCUCUCUACUGCUGGUUGACCAGAAUCCUAUACAACAGAAGAAGCAAAAUGGAUCCACUUUGGAAUAAUUUUAUUGUUGCCGGAAUUCAAGACGGAGAGCCUUUCUUAGGCACGGUCGACAAACAAGGCACUGCGUACUCUGACAAAAUUAUUUGCACUGGCUACGGUGCUCAUAUUGCCACUCCUAUGCUCAGAGACGCUCUGGAUAAUAAACCUCAACUCACGCAAGCUGAAGCUAGAGCUCAAGUUGAAAGAUGCAUGGAAGUUUUGUACUAUCGUGAUGCUAGAAGUUUUCCUAAGUAUCAAUUGGGGAUUAUUGAUGCUGAUCAAGGUGUUAGUAUUGAAGGGCCUUUGCAAGUGGCACAGAAUUGGUCCGUGGCUCAUUCUAUUAAAGGAUAUUAAGGUGUUUUUAUAAUUAUUGUAUUGGAUGAAUAAAUAAAAAUUCUU